AUGCCCAGUGACACCCCGGCCUUCAGCAAGCCCCCGGACGUCGCGGGCCCGGGGGACAAGGCGAACAACUUCGGGAAGGCGGCGGCCCCCAUGGCGGCCGCCCCGGCGGACAGGGGCGCCGCUGUAGCGGGGAAGAAGCGGCCGCGACUGCCCAAGUGUGCCCGCUGCCGCAAUCACGGCUACUCCUCGCCGCUGAAGGGGCACAAGCGCUUCUGCAUGUGGCGGGACUGCCAGUGCAACAAGUGCAGCCUGAUCGCCGAGCGGCAGCGCGUCAUGGCAGCGCAGGUUGCACUAAGAAGACAGCAAGCUCAGGAGGAGGAACUGGGAAUCAGCCACCCAGUGCCCCUGCCCAGUGUCCCUGAGACGUUUGUUAAGAAGAACGGUGGUGGCAGCUCUUGCCUCUCGCUGGAAAGCAGCAGCGCAGUGUACUCGACAAGCACAGCCAUGACAGCAGCUAGUACACCACCAGAGGGACGGAUGCUCAUUCAGGACAUCCCUUCCAUUCCCAGCAGAGGGCACUUGGAGAGCACGUCUGAGUUGGUUGUGGACUCCGCCUACUACAGCAGUUUUUACCAGCCGUCCCUGUAUCCUUGUUAUAACAACCUGUACAACUACUCACAGUACCAGAUGGCAGUGGCCAGUGAGCCUUCCUCAAGUGAGACAGGGGGUACAAUUGUCGGGUCGGCCAUGAAGAACAGCCUUCGAAGUCUCCCAGCAACAUACAUGCCGAGCCAGUCAGGAAAACAGUGGCAGGUGAAGGGCAUGGAGAGACACCAUGCUGUCAGCUCCCAGUACCGUAUGUGCUCCUACUACCCGCCUGCUUCCUACCUGGGACAGGGGGUUGGGGCUCCUAUGUGCCUCCCCCAGAUCCUGGCCUCUGAGGACGUCCCCUCCUCCUCGGAGUCAAAAGCAAGAGUGUUUUCGCCGCCCAGCAGCCAGGACUCCGGCCUGGGGUGCCUGUCGAGCAGCAGCGAGAGCACCAAGGGGGACCUGGAGUGCGAGCCCCCCGCGCAGCCCGGCAGCUUCGCGAUGAGCCCGGUGCAGGAGGGCGGCGAGUAG